GGUUAGGGUUAGGCACCAAAAAAGCUAUACCCUUUUUCAUUUGCUUACUGUUUUGGAUGAAAAAAGUGGUCAAAAAAUUCCCGGCAUUCAUUUCCCAUCUAACAAAAAGAUCGAAGAAUUUGGGGGGGGUUCCAGCUGAAUUAGGGUUUUGAAGGAUGAAGAAACGGCAAGUAGUGGUGAAGAAAGAUUGCUCAGGCAGAAGCUCAUCUAGUAGUACUACAUCUUCAGUGGUUAGAACAGUACGGUACGCAGAGUGCCAAAAGAAUCAUGCCGCAAAUAUCGGAGGAUAUGCUGUGGAUGGGUGUAGAGAGUUCAUGGCAAGCGGCGAGGAGGGCACAAAUGGCGCGCUUAUAUGCGCCGCUUGCGGCUGCCACAGGAAUUUCCACAGAAGGGAAGUGGAAACCGAGGUAGUUUGUGAAAACUCUCCAACUAGAUAGUUCCAAUCCUUGAAUACCCUUUUCAUGUGUGAAUAUUAUUUUGUGUGAAAUUGUAAAUUUUCAUCAAAACAGAUCAUCAUAUGACUCUUUUGUAAGAGAAAAUCAAACUCUUAAGUAUUGUGCUUUUGAUGUUUAAGAUAUUGAUCGAGAUCAAUCAAACUUCGAUUCAGGUGCUUCGUUCUUUAAA